AGAUGGGCAGAAUGGUCCGAGUGCGACGGGACUACAGCCUUUGUGCAGGAAAAGACUUAUGGAAUACAGGGUACCAUCUCUGCACCUUCAAUGAGACCAGGAAGGAGAGUAGGUUGGUAUAUCAUGCGGUCCCUUACAUCGUGCAAAGACACUGCGGGGGCUGGCUGCCAUGGCGGAUGUGUAACGUCACUCUUUACAAGAUGACCUCGUGGCCGGAGUACAGAGAGGUCGUCCGAGAGGUCACCAGAUGCUGCCAUGGUUUCGUACACAUGGGUCACUACUGUGUGCUGCCACUCAACAGAACCAGGGAGUUCACUACCAAGCCGGGAUUCUGCCCGACCGCAUCUGAAAAGUCACAUGACGGCUGCCAAACCUGUGUUUGGGACAUCGACUGCCCAGGUUGGCAGAAAUGCUGCCAAACGUUGAAUCGUUCCCGAUGUGUCGACCCUGCCACCAACGGAGGAUGGAGGCUCAAUGUGACGGUGACAGUGAAGACGGAUUACGAUGUCAUGAUGGCCUUGGAUAAAGGACUUCUUAACCACACACAAUUGUUGCACACCAUGGUGAGCGGGGCGCUGAACUCCUCAGAUAUUUCGGUCCAGUAUCUCAGCUCGUGUCCAGUGGUUCCUUACAGGACAGCUACGUCUCUGAUAAUUGGCUGUGAUGCCACACUCUCCCUGGACGUCACCACGGCCAAAUUGCAUAAACUCCUCAGGGACAUAUCAGAGGUGUCCUCUGUAACAGUGGAAGACGUGGAUGAGUGUGCGCACACUGCUCUCCGUAAUUGCUCCCCUCACACCGAGUGUAACAACACCGUGGCCUCCUACCACUGCUCCUGUCGCCACGGCUACACAGACGUUCUUCCCCAAAAUGCUGGUGCAUCGUGUGAAGUUUACCAGACCCCCACCAAUGCAACCCCCUGUAUCAAUGGACUAACUGGAUCCACAAGCCGAAACCCCUCUGCCACCCCUGGACCCACCGUGGACCCACCCUGCUGGUCGGCUUCAGCACCGACCACCCUGCAGACAAACGCCACUUCUAACACAAGCACCCCACCGCCUGAGGAGAUGUCCACAUGUGGUAUGAAGUACACAUCACCCUCAUAUUCUUCUUCUUCUUCUUCUUCUUCUUCUUCUUCUUCUUCUUCUUCUUCUUCUUCUUCUUCUUCUUCUUCUUCUUCUUCUUCUUCUUCUUCUUCUUCUUCUUCUUCUUCUUCUUCUUCUUCUUCUUCUUCUUCUUCUUCUUCUUCUUCUUCUUCUUCUUCUUCCCACAACCACCAACCAGCUCCUCCCAAACUCACCCAACUGUCUUCAUCCCACAUCACGGGAACAUCCUUCUGCCUGUCCUGGUCUGGCCUGACACAGAGCAACCAGACAAGCUAUUUAGUUGAUCUGAGAGAGGGGACAGAGUUCAUCAUUCACCUGGUGACCAAUGAGACCAAGGUGAACAUGACAGAUCUGGAUCCUGGGGUGCUCUACAGUGUCACCAUCACCCCCUGUGCAUGUGAUGCCCAAGGGGAGAGUCAACUAUUGAAUGUGAAGACGGCUGCUCAGAACCUUAAGGCCACUGCAAAAGUGACAAAUGUGAACUUCACUGAUGACUUCCUAAACUCAAGCAGUCAGGCUUACUUCAAUUUCUCUAAGGGUAUUAAAGAAGAGAUAUACAAGUCUCUCUCUUCAGAGCUCAAAGAACUGGUUGACUCUGGGAAGGUGAGAAUCGAGAUCACCAGCCUGUCACAGGGCAGCGUGGUUGUCCACUUCUCCGUCGUCUACGACGCGAGCGUCACCGAGCUCAACGUGACCUCUGCAGCGUUGGGCUCCCUGUUAAACAGCACCAGAUACAGUGUGGACGAACACAGCACAAGUGUAUCUGAUGUUGAUGAAUGUGCUUCGGGGCUGAACGACUGUUCCCAAAAUGCCACAUGCAAUAACACCUGGGGCUCCUACACAUGUGUUUGUAAUGAUGGCUUUGAAGAUAUGGACUCUGAUUGGCCAGGACGAGUCUGUGGAGCCCCGCCCAUCACUGUACCCAUUAACUACACAUUCAUGGGCAUUCCCAACAUUAAUAAAGGGCUUCCAUCCAUCUCGGUGGAAUGCAGCCCAAAGGCCAUCAUGGUGACGGUAGCCAAGGAUUUUCUGCAGACCAAACAAAUCAGUUUGCCGUCACUCCACCUCGGUCAGGUGUCCAACCUCCCACUCGACCUCAACGAUACCCACGUGCGCCUGACCGCGGCAUGGAACGACACCAACCGGUUCAGCAACGACUCCUACCUCACAGCCAAGGUGACCCUAUUCAACAGCCCGGAGCCAUUGCUGAACGGCACCAAGGGCAUCGUGCACACACUGGAGGUGCCCAUCCUCUGCGCCUACAGGAAGAGCGUCUUCAUCUCCGCAAACUUUGGUGACAUGGGAUACAACAUGAACAUAGACCCUAUAUCGGCCUCGGGCUCCUUCAAAGUGAUCAUUCAGUUGCUGAACGGCACAUCUGCCCUGCCGCACAACUACACUUUGUCCCCUGACGAGGAGGUGGUGGUGAAGGUCUCCAUGAACACCUCCGCUGAGGAGAUGAGGCUGAUCAUCAGCAAGUGCUGGGCCACCCCCACCAGGAAUAUUGGGGACAACCCCAGCUACAUUUUCCUGAACAGGGGCUGUCCUCUGACCGACUCCUACACUGCAAUCAUAAGCAACGGGAACUCAAGCUCGUCCUCGUUGUCGGUGCGGAUCUUCUCCCUCGUAGAGUUGGAUGUGGUCUACCUCAAGUGCCAAGCCAACAUCCGUGUGGAGAUGGGAUCGGCGACAUGUGUACCUGACUGCAGCAUGAGUAAGGCCCGCCUUGCCAGAACAGUUGAUUCCCUUGUCGGCUCCAAUGGGGCUUUGAUACGAGAGCAUGAGUAUAGCCUUGAGACGGAAAGCGAUAUACUCCAAGUCGUGGGCUUCAGCUUUCUUGGAAUAUGCAUAAUGGUGAUCUUUCUGGCGGGUUUCACCUGCAUCGUCUUCUACCAAAGAAACCGUAUCGGCCACUACAACUUCAACAUCAAACCCAAGCAGGACGACUUCACCUUCAAUGUCUUCAAUACGUAGGGAUUCAAUGAGGGUGGCAUUGUGUCCCUUAGGCUUGUCAUAAGCAGGUACAUUAAUGAUUUCGUUUCAUUGUAUAAAUGUUUUAAAGCCACAUCACGCAAUGAAUUGUCAUUGAUUCACGCUGUAGCGUAUACAUCAUAGUGUAUAUUAUGUUUUAAAAGCUAUCCAAAGUCUGUCGCAUUCAGUUCAACAAUUGCCAGGGAAAAAUGUAGGCAAAGAUACGAUGUAACGCACUUUCUCUCAAUAUUUUUCUACAUAGACGAAAAUAGUUACUCUUUUUUUAUGUCCUCUACUUGCAAUGCAUAGAUGAUUGAGUGUAUGAUGAAGAUAAAGU